GGCGACGCGGGCCCUUUAAGGAGCCGGAGGGGGCCGGGCCGGGCACGUCGGUGCGGGCGGGGAGCCGGGAGCGGAGAGGCCGAGCCACCGCUUCCCGGGCUCCCGCCCCGCCCCCUGCUCCCCCUCCCGCCGUCGCCGCCGGGGAGCGGAGCCGCGGGCAGGCCGGGCCGCAUCGGAGCCCCGCGUCCGCCCGUGCCCCGCCCCAGCCGUGCGCCCGCGCCCUGCGCCCCGCGAUGCGCGCCAAGUUGCGGGCCGGGGACCCGGGGCUGGCGCCCUAGGAGGCGGCGGCGGGAGGCUCGCCCCGCGGCUCGAGGCCGGGCCUGCUGCGCGCCCCUGGUCCUGGCUGCACCGCCACUUGCCUGAGCGCCCGGGCGGCCCGAGCGCGCCCUGAGCCCCGGCGCCGCCGCCGCCGCCACCCCGGCGAGGUUCCCUGGCGUCUCUGAGGACACAGCGUUGCUGGCGGCCGAGUGUGUGGCGCCUGUGACGGGGCCGCCCGCCCGCAGAUGAGGAGGACUGGCCGCUGAGAGGGAGCUCGUCUGGACGGCCGGCGCCAUGUCGGGGUCCACGCAGCCCGUGGCACAGACGUGGAGGGCCACCGAGCCCCGCUACCCGCCCCACGGCAUCUCCUACCCCGUGCAGAUCGCCCGCUCCCACACGGACGUGGGGCUGCUCGAGUACCAGCACCACCCCCGGGACUACGCCGCGCACCUGUCGCCCGGCUCCAUCAUCCAGCCCCAGCGGCGGCGGCCGUCCCUGCUGUCCGAGUUCCAGCCCGGGAACGAGAGGUCCCAGGAGCUGCACCUGCGCCCCGAGCCGCACUCCUACCUGCCCGAGCUGGGCAAGCCGGAGAUGGAGUUCACCGACAGCAAGCGCCCCCGCCUGGAGCUGCUGCCCGACGCCCUGCUGCGGCCCGCGCCCCUGCUGCCCGCCAGCCAGCCCGGCGGCGCCGAGGACCUGGCCAAGGAACGCAGCCUGGCGGGCAAGCUGGAGCCGGUGUCCCCGCCCAGCCCCCCGCACGCCGACCCCGCGCUGGAGCUGGUGCCGCCGCGGCUGUCCAAGGAGGAGCUGAUCCAGAGCAUGGACCGCGUGGACCGCGAGAUCACCAUGGUGGAGCAGCAGAUCUCCAAGCUGAAGAAGAAGCAGCAACAGCUGGAGGAGGAGGCCGCCAAGCCGCCGGAGCCCGAGAAGCCCGUGUCGCCGCCGCCCAUCGAGUCGAAGCACCGCAGCCUCGUGCAGAUCAUCUACGACGAGAACCGGAAGAAGGCCGAAGCUGCACACCGGAUCCUGGAAGGCCUGGGGCCCCAGGUGGAGCUGCCGCUGUACAACCAGCCGUCCGACACCCGGCAGUACCAUGAGAACAUCAAGAUAAACCAGGCGAUGCGGAAAAAGCUGAUCUUGUACUUCAAGAGGAGGAACCACGCCCGGAAGCAAUGGGAGCAGAAGUUCUGCCAGCGCUAUGACCAGCUCAUGGAGGCCUGGGAGAAGAAGGUGGAGCGCAUCGAGAACAACCCGCGGCGGCGGGCCAAGGAGAGCAAGGUGCGCGAGUACUACGAGAAGCAGUUCCCCGAGAUCCGCAAGCAGCGCGAGCUGCAGGAGCGCAUGCAGAGCAGGGUGGGCCAGCGGGGCAGCGGGCUCUCCAUGUCGGCCGCCCGGAGCGAGCACGAGGUGUCCGAGAUCAUCGACGGCCUCUCGGAGCAGGAGAACCUGGAGAAGCAGAUGCGGCAGCUGGCCGUGAUCCCGCCCAUGCUGUACGACGCCGACCAGCAGCGCAUCAAGUUCAUCAACAUGAACGGGCUCAUGGACGACCCCAUGAAGGUGUACAAGGACCGGCAGGUCACCAACAUGUGGAGCGAGCAGGAGAAGGAGACCUUCCGCGAGAAGUUCAUGCAGCACCCCAAGAACUUCGGCCUGAUCGCUUCGUUCCUGGAGAGGAAGACCGUGGCGGAGUGCGUCCUGUAUUACUACCUGACCAAGAAGAAUGAGAACUACAAGAGCCUGGUGAGGCGGAGCUACCGUCGCCGCGGGAAGAGCCAGCAGCAGCAGCAGCAGCAGCAGAUGCCGCGGGGCAGCCAGGAGGAGAAGGAGGAGAAGGAGAAGGAGGCCGAGAAGGAGGAGGAGCGGCCGGACGUGGACAACGACAAGGAGGAGCUGACCAAGGAGAAGACGGACGACACGUCCGGGGAGGACAACGAUGAGAAAGAGGCCGUGGCCUCCAAGGGCCGCAAAACCGCCAACAGCCAGGGGCGGCGCAAGGGCCGCAUCACCCGCUCGAUGGCCAACGAGGCCAACAGCGAGGAGGCCGUCACCCCGCAGCAGAGCGCCGAGCUGGCCUCCAUGGAGAUGAACGAGAGCUCCCGCUGGACCGAGGAGGAGAUGGAGACCGCCAAGAAAGGCCUCCUGGAGCACGGCCGGAACUGGUCGGCCAUCGCCCGCAUGGUGGGCUCCAAGACGGUGAGCCAGUGUAAGAACUUCUACUUCAACUACAAGAAGCGGCACAACCUGGACGAGAUCCUGCAGCAGCACAAGCUGAAGAUGGAGAAGGAGAGGAACGCCCGCCGGAAGAAGAAGAAGGCCCCGGCCGCGGCCAGCGAGGAGGCCGCCUUCCCGCCCGUGGUGGAGGACGAGGAGAUGGAGGCGUCGGGCGCCAGCGGGAACGAGGAGGAAAUGGCGGAGGAGGCCGAAGCCUCCCACGCCUCUGGGAGCGAGGUGCCCAGAGGGGAAUGCGGCGGCCCAGCCGCCGUCAACAACAGCUCGGACACGGAGAGCAUCCCCUCGCCCCACGCCGAGGCCGCCAAGGACACGGGGCCGAAUGGGCCCAAGCCCCCGCCCGCCCCGGGCACGGACGCGCCGCCCGCCGAGCCACCCACCCCGCCGCCCGAGGACGCCCCGGCCCCCGCCGAGCCUGCCCCGGCCCCCGAAGCCACCGGCCCGCCUACACCCCCACCGGCACCCCCAGGGCCCGCAGCGCCCCCUCCUGUGGUCCCCAAGGAGGAGAAGGAGGAGGCCCCGGCCGCAGAGGAGGGGGUGGAGCAGAAGCCGGCCGUGGCCCCGGAGCUGGCCCUGGCCGUGGCCGUGGGCAAGAAGGAGCCGCCGGACGAGGGGCCGCCUGCCCAGCCCAUCAAGACUGAGUGCAAGGAGGAGGCCGUGGAGGAGGCGCCCGACAGGGCCAAGGGGAGCGCGGAGGCCGGCGCCGAGCCUGCGCCCGAGGGGACGGUCAAGGUGGAGAAGAAGGAGGGCGGUGGAGGCUCUGGGGGCAAAGCCCCUUCCACCAAGGGCUCAGGCGCCCCCCAGGACAGUGACUCCAGUGCCACCUGCAGCGCCGACGAGGUGGACGAGCCGGAGGGGGGCGACAAGAACAGGCUGCUGUCGCCGCGCCCCAGCCUCCUCACCUCGACCGGCGACGCCAGGGCGCACGCCUCGCCCCAGAAGCCGCUGGACCUGAAGCAGCUGAAGCAGCGCGCGGCCGCCAUCCCCCCCAUUCAGGUCACCAAAGCCCACGAGCCCGCCCGGGAGGACCCGGCGCCCGCGAAGCCGGCUCCCCCCGCCCAGCCGCCGCCGCAGCACCUGCAGCCGGAGAGCGGCGCCCCCCAGCAGCCCGGCGGCAGCCCUCGGGGCAAGAGCAGGAGCCCCAUCCCGCCGGCCGAGAAGGAGGAGAAACCCGUGUUCUUCCCGGCCUUCGCGGCCGAGGGCCAGAAGCUGCCCGCCGAGCCCCCGUGCUGGACGCCCAGCCUGGCCUUCCCCGUGCCCCCUCGCGAGGUGAUCAAGGCCUCCCCGCACGCCCCGGACCCCUCGGCCUUCUCCUACGCCCCGCCCGGUCACCCGCUGUCCCUGGGCCUGCAUGACAGCGCCCGGCCCGUCCUGCCGCGCCCGCCCACCAUCUCCAACCCUCCGCCCCUCAUCUCCUCCACCAAGCACCCCGGCGUCCUGGACAGGCAGGGACUGUCGGUGCAGCUGCACAUCCCGUACUCGGAGCACGCCAAGGUCCCCGUGGGCCCCCUCGCCAUGGGGCUGGCCCCCACCAUGGACCCCAAGAAGCUGGCGCCCUUCAGCGGCGUGAAGCAGGAGCAGCUGUCCCCCCGGGGCCAGGCUGGGCCCCCGGAGAGCCUGGGGGUGCCCACGGCCCAGGAGACGUCCGUGCUGAGAGGGACCACCCUGGGCUCGGUUCCGGGAGGGAGCAUCAGCAAGGGCGUGCCCAGCGCCCGGGUGCCCGCCGAGAGCCCCAUCAGCUAUCGCGGCUCCAUCACCCACGGCACGCCGGCCGACGUCCUGUACAAGGGCACCAUCACCCGGAUCAUCGGCGAGGACAGCCCGAGCCGCCUGGACCGCGGGCGGGAGGACGGCCUGCCCAAGGGCCACGUCAUCUACGAGGGCAAGAAGGGCCACGUGCUGUCCUACGAGGGUGGCAUGUCCGUGUCCAAGGAGGACGGCAGGAGCAGCUCGGGAUCCGCCCACGAGACGGCCGCGCCGAAGCGCACCUACGACAUGAUGGAGGGCCGCGUGGGCAGGGCCCUCACCUCGGCCAGCAUCGAAGGUCUCAUGGGCCGCGCCAUCCCCCCCGAGCGGCACAGCCCCCACCACCUGAAAGAACAGCACCACAUCCGCGGCUCCAUCACGCAAGGGAUCCCGCGGUCCUACGUGGAGGCCCAGGAGGACUACCUGCGCCGCGAGGCCAAGCUGCUGAAGCUGGAGGGCACGCCGCCGCCGCCCCGCGACCUGGCCCGCCCCCUGGAGGCGCUGGGCUCCCUGAAGCUGAAGCCGGGCCACGAGGGCAUGGUGGCCACGGUGAAGGAGGCCGGGCGCUCCGUCCACGAGAUCCCCCGCGAGGAGCUGCGGCGCACGCCCGAGCUGCCCCUGGCCCCGCGGCCGCUCAAGGAGGGAUCCAUCACGCAGGGCACCCCGCUCAAGUACGACGCGGGCGCGGCCUCCUCGGGCGCCAAGAAGCACGACGUGCGCUCCAUCAUCGGCAGCCCCGGCCGCACCUUCCCGGCCGUGCACCCGCUGGACGUGAUGGCCGACGCGCGGGCGCUGGAGCGCGCCUGCUACGAGGAGAGCCUCAAGGGCCGGCCGGGCGCGGGCAGCGGCGCGGGGGGCUCCAUCACGCGGGGCGCCCCGGUCAUCGUGCCCGAGCUGGGCAAGCCCCGCCAGAGCCCCCUCGCCUACGAGGACCACGCGGCCCCCUUCGCCGGACCCCUCCCCCGCGGCUCGCCCGGGACCACGCGGGAGCCCACGCCGCGCCUGCAGGAGGGUAGCCACCCGUCCGGCAAGGCGUCCCAGGACCGGAAGCCGACGUCCACGCCCCGCGAGAUCGCCAAGUCCCCGCACAGCGCCGUGCCCGAGCACCACCCCCACCCCCUGUCGCCCUAUGAACACCUCCUCCGGGGCGUGAGCGGGGUGGACCUGUACCGCGGCCACAUCCCGCUGGCCUUCGACCCCGCCUCCAUCCCCCGCGGGAUCCCCCUGGACGCAGCAGCCGCUGCCUAUUACCUGCCCCGGCACCUGGCGCCGAACCCCACGUACCCGCACCUGUACCCGCCCUACCUCAUCCGCGGCUACCCCGAGACGGCGGCGCUAGAGAACCGGCAGACCAUCAUCAACGACUACAUCACCUCCCAGCAGAUGCACCACAACGCGGCCACCGCCAUGGCCCAGCGCGCCGACAUGCUGCGCGGCCUGGCCCCCCGCGAGUCCUCGCUGGCGCUCAACUACGCCGCCGGCCCGCGAGGCAUCAUCGACCUGUCCCAGGUGCCGCACCUGCCCGUGCUGGUGCCCCCGACGCCGGGCACGGCCGCCCCCGCCAUGGACCGGCUGGCCUACAUCCCCGCCGCGGCCCAGCACUUCAGCAGCCGGCUCAGCAGCUCCCCGCUGUCCCCAGGAGGCCCCGCCCACCUGACAAAAUCCACCGCCACGUCCUCGGCGGAGCGGGAGCGGGACCGGGAGCGGGAGCGGGAGCGGGAGAAGCCCGUCCUCACGGCCAGCGCGACGGUGGAGCACGCGCCCAUCUGGAGGCCCGGUACCGAGCAGAGCGGCGGCGGCAGCGGGGGUGGGGGCAGCAGCAGCAGCCGCCCCGCCUCCCACCCCCACCAGCACUCGCCCAUCUCGCCCCGGACCCAGGACGCGGUCCAGCAGAGGCCCAGCGUGCUGCACAACACGAGCAUGAAGGGCGUGGCCGCCUCCGUGGAGCACAGCACGCCCACGGUCCUGAGGUGGGCCAGGUCCACCUCCACCUCCUCGCCCGUCCGCCCAGCCGCCACAUUCCCGCCCGCCGCCCACUGCCCGCUGGGCAGCGCCCUGGACGGGGUCUACCCCGCCCUCCUGGACCCCGUCCUGCUGCCCAAGGAAGCCCCGAGGGUCAGCCGGCCCGAGAGGCCCCGCGGGGACGCGGGCCACGCCUUCCUCGCCAAGCCCCAGGCCCGCGCCGGGCUGGAGCCCGCCUCCUCGCCGGGCAAGGGCGCGGAGCCCCGGGCCUUGGCCCCCGCCAUCGCCCGCACCCCGGCGAAGACCCUCGCCGCCCACCGCGCCAGCCCGGACCCGCCGGCCGCGGACCCGCACCGGGAAAAGACUCACAGUAAACCCUUUUCCGUCCAGGAACUGGAGCUCCGGACUCUGGGUAAGACUGCCCUGACAGCGGCCACCUUCAUAGACGCGAUAAUCGUGCGUCAAAUUGCCCACGAUAAGGGCCCGCGAGAAGGAGGUUCGCUGGCCAACGACUCCCCUCGCCACGGUUACCAUGGCGGCAGCUACAGCCCGGACGGGGUGGAGCCCAUCAGCCCCGUGAGCUCCCCGAGCCUGACCCACGACAAGGGGCUCCCCAAGCACCUCGAGGAGCUGGACAAGAGCCACCUGGAGGGGGACCUGCGGCACAAGCAGCCAGGCUCCGGGAAGCUGGGCGGCGAGGCCACGCACCUCCCACACCUGCGGCCGCUGCCCGAGAGCCAGCCCGCCACCAGCCCGCUGCUCCAGACCGCGCCGGGGGUCAAAGGUCACCAGCGGGUGGUCACCCUGGCCCAGCACAUCAGUGAGGUCAUCACGCAAGACUACACGCGGCACCACCCGCAGCAGCUCGGCACGCCCCUCCCCGCGCCCCUCUACUCCUUCCCCGGGGCCACCUGCCCCGUCCUGGACCUCCGCCGCCCGCCCAGCGACCUCUACCUCCCGCCCCCGGACCACGGCGCCCCCGCCCGCGGCUCCCCGCACAGCGAAGGGGGCAAGAGGUCGCCGGAGCCGAGCAAGACGGCGGCCCUGGGCAGCGGUGAGGACGGCAUCGAGCCCGUGUCCCCGCCGGAGGGCCUGGCGGAGCCCGGGCAUCCACGGAGCGCCAUGUACCCCCCGCUGUACCGCGAUGGGGAGCCCGCCGAGUCCAGCAGGAUGGGCUCGAAGUCUCCGGGGAACACGGGGCAGCCCCCCGCCUUCUUCAGCAAGCUGACGGAGAGCACCUCCGCCAUGGUCAAGUCCAAGAAGCAGGAGAUCAACAAGAAGCUCGGCACCCACAACCGGAACGAGCCCGAGUACAAUAUCGGCCAGCCCGGGACGGAGAUCUUCAACAUGCCCGCCAUCACCGGCGCAGGCCUCAUGACCUGCCGAAGCCAGGCGCUGCCCGAGCAGGCCAGCACCAACCUGGGGCUGGAGGCCAUUAUUAGAAAGGCGCUCAUGGGUAAAUAUGACCAGUGGGAGGAGGCCCCGCUCGGCGCCAAUGCUUUUAACGCUCUGAAUGCCAGUGCCGGCCUGCCCGCUGCUAUGCCCGUAACCGCUGCCGACGGACGGAGCGAACACGCACUCACCUCGCCAGGCGGCGGCGGGAAGGCCAAGGUCUCGGGCAGACCCAGCAGCCGGAAAGCCAAGUCCCCAGCCCCGGGCCUGGCCCCCGGGGACCGGCCGCCCUCCGUCUCCUCCGUGCACUCGGAGGGGGACUGCAGCCGCCGGACGCCGCUGACCAGCCGCGUGUGGGAGGACCGGCCCUCGUCCGCAGGCUCCACUCCGUUCCCCUACAACCCGCUGAUCAUGCGGCUGCAGGCGGGCGUCAUGGCCUCCCCGCCCCCGCCCGGCCUCCCCGCGGGCGGGCCCCUGGCCGGCCCCCAUCACGCCUGGGACGAGGAGCCCAAGCCGCUGCUGUGCUCGCAGUACGAGACGCUCUCCGACAGCGAGUGACCGUCCGCAGGGGCCGGGGACGGCGCCGGGCCCCGCCCGCGAGCAUCCCGAGCGGCCAGGUGAGGGGCGGGCGGCGGCCGCCUCCCCGACCAGGAAGGAGCCCCCGCGUCCGUUCGUCCGUCCAUCGUCCGUCCAUCCCGAGCCGGCGUCCUUGCCCGUCUAAAGCCUUAACUGGGACUCCCGCCCGGCCGGCCCCGUGCAGUGACUUUCUCAGGGGAUGUUUACCUGGUGCUCGGGAGGGGGGGAGGGGCCGGGCGGAGGACCGGGCGGCGGCCGCACACAGAAGCCGGGACGGCCAGGGACCCAAAGCCGGAUGACCACGCACCUCCCACGCCACUGCCUCCCCCCCCCUUAACGCAUUUGGAACCAAAGUGUAAACUGAGCUAGCAGCCCCCGCGCCCUCCCUCCGCCCGCACCCCGCUUCGCGCUCCGGACAGACGGACACGGGCCCUGUCCAGCCCGCCGCGUGCUCGUCCCGGCCCCCACGGGCUGCCCAGGCCCACGAGAACUGCUGGAAGCCGAGUCAGGCCGGCCGGGCGGCGGAAGGGCCGGGCGCGGCCUGGGGCGAGGACGGCUCGGACCCGGCGGUGGGGAGGCGGUUAGAGGUGUUGGUUUACAGGGUAUAUUUUUGAUACCUUCAAUGAAUUAACUCAGAGGUUUUACGCAAGGAAGGACUCACCCAGUAUUACUGCUGCUGCGCUUUCGAUCGCUUCCCGUUAAGAGAGGCGCGCAGGCCCCCGUCGGCGGCCCUGGCGUCGCGUCCACGGGCCGAGGGGCGGCCACCGGCUCAGCCCCCGCGCCCGCCCGCCCUCCCUCCCUUCCUUGGGCAGAAUGCGUCCGAUGGGGAUCCGCGGCCGCCCUCUGCGCACGGCGGUGGCGUUCUGUCAUUUACACACAUUCUUCUCAUUAAAAAGCGAAUUAUACUCCA